AUGGCCUUCGACUUCGACCAUGAGCGCCUCUGUGCCCUCAAGGCAUUCGAUGAAACAAAGGCGGGCGUCAAAGGCCUCGUUGAUGCUGGCAUCACCGCCAUCCCGUCCAUCUUCCACCAUCCUCCCGAGUCCUUUGCCCCAUUGGCGCCUUUCUCCACCGACGUUGCCAUCCCGGUAAUCGACCUCUCGGGCCGACGAUCGGAGGUGGUCAGCACGGUGAAGGCGGCUAUAGAGAAAUUGGGCUUCUUCUUGGUGGUGAACCAUGGUGUGCCGGAGGUAGCCAUGUCGAACAUGCUAUCUGUGGUGCGGGGCUUUCACGAGGAGCCUGCGGAGGCCAAGGAGAUCUACUACACGCGGGACGAGGAGAGACAAGUCAAGUACAGUGGCAAUGCGGACCUGUUUCGGUCACCGGCAGCCAAGUGGCGUGACACCAUGUACAUCAAUGACGCGGACCGGCUAGCAGAAGAGAUCCUGCCACCGGUGUGCAGGGGCGUCGUGCCGGAGUACACAAGGCUCAUGCGGCAGCUGGGGCGCUUCCUGUUCGGGAUAGUGUCUGAGGCUCUGGGGUUGCAGCGUGGAUACAUGGAGGACGAGACGGGUUGCCUAGAUGCAUUGCUCCUCGGCUGCCACUACUACCCGGCGUGUCCGGAGCCGCACCUCACACUGGGCGCCGUCAGGCACUCCGACGCCAGUUUCCUCACCGUGGUGCUCCAGGAUGGCGUUUAUGGCGGCCUGCAAUUGCUCGUUGAUGAUAACAAGCAACAGAAGGUGUGGGUGAAGGUGCCGGCGGUGGCGGGAGCGUUGGCUGUGAACGUGGGCGACUUCCUGCAGCUGGUGUCCAAUGACAAGUUCAAGAGCGUUGUGCAUCGUGUGGUGUCCAACAGUGUGGGACCCAGAUUGUCGGUGGUGUGCUUCUUCAGGGCGAAUAUGGCAACGUUGUGUGAGCCGGUGGUCGUCGACGGGAGCGGUCCACCACGGUACCGGACUAUCAAGGCGGAGGAGCUGUUCGGCUCGUCCAGGACAACGCUCAAGUCGGCCUCAUCAUCCCAAACUGCUCUCGAUUACUUGAGGCUCUAA